CUGGAAUCUGCGUAGUAGCUUCGUGACUUUGUGGUACAUCCCAGCUGGCUAAGGAUUCCACGAUGAGUUCGAGCACCCCAUACUUGGAUGCAUUGUCCACACACUUUCCAGCGGAAUGUUCAUCCAUCAUAGACUCGUUGAGUUCCGAGCAAGCCCGCUCUGCUGUGGAUAUGCUGCUUGCAUUUGCAUCUGGUGGUGAAUGUCCCACAGACAUGUCGGCCCUCGGCCAACUAGGAUGGGCACGAGAUCAACCUGCCGCCAUGAGGGCGAUUCAAGACUUGGCUGUGCAGAAAGGUACAAAACGCGGGCGAGCAGCCAGCACUGAUGAAGAAGGCGGCGGGUCAAAUUCUAAGCGCCAAAAAACUACUGAUGUACUUGAGGACGAUCGGCCCAUUUUUACACUUCCUUCGAUAUCUACAACCUCGCCUGUUCGAAAGAAAGUUGACAUCACAAUUCACGAGAAAACGAUACGCUUUGUAAAUCCUUCAUCUCGUGCAGUGGAAGCUUCGAUACCUCUCUCUAGUAUUUUACGAGCAUUCUUGGUACCAACGCGUGGAAAAGCAAAGCAGCACUGGACAGUUGUCAUGCUUUCCAGCGAUGUACCUGAAAAGGGUAAGGCCACAACUUCUAACCCACACCAAAUAAUAUUUGGACUUGACGCUAUAAGCGCCUCUAAAUUCGAUACUACCUCCUACUCCGACUCCUCCACUCCAUCUACGUCAACGGUUGCAAAAGGAGAAGAGACCCUCUUCGUCCUACGCGAGUUUCUGACGCAUCUUCCUAUUUCUCUUCUCGAGGCCUCAGCGACUAUAUUUCGUAGCGCGUGUGCCACUCCUAAAUCAGGACACUGUGCAGCGGGUGUCGAUGCCUAUUUUGCCGCCAAACCUGGAACUCUUUGGUUUUUCGAUUCAGGAAUUCUCUGGGGAGAGAGCAAACCAUGCGAGUUCUGGGCCGUUAGUGAUCUCAUCCCAAAGGAUGGUGUUCGCUUGAUCAGUGCCACGGGCCGCACGUGUUCUGUCAUCCUAGGGAGAAAGAUAUCGCCGUCUGCUGAAGACCACAACAGCAAAGAAGGAGACAAAGAGGAUGUAGAGGGAGACAUUAUCGAGACGGAGUUCUCUAUGGUGGACGGUCGAGAGCAAGACCCCAUCAAUGCAUGGGCGAGGCAGCGGAAACACCUAUUUGGCAAAGGUUCUGCUUCAUCUCCCUCCAAAGCCACAAGUGGUAAGAAGGCAGCGGCUGUGGAGGAACCACCUAUUGGCGGUAACACUGCUACCAACGGUCCCGCGUGGGAUGACUCGGACUCGGAUGACGACGACUACGAGAUUGCAUCGUCGGAAGAUAUUGAUAAUAGCAGCUCCUCAGAUUCAGAAGUGAGCGACAUCGGGAGUGGUAGCCAACCUGAUGACGGUUCGGAUGAGGAAGAGAACCGUGGAAGCGAUGCCAACGUCGAAGAAAGUGGGGAGGAAUCUGAAGAAGAACUCCAAGAAGCACAUCAUCCUCUCUUGCGGCCGGGCGCUAUGCCUAAGAUGUCUAGAGCGACCAUCAAUGCAGUCGUAGACAUGGUAAAUGAGGAUAUGAUGGAGGGCAGCGAAGAAGAAGAUGAGCUCGACGAUUCAUAGCUAGAAGGCACACAUCAAUUGGUUAGAAUUAAGGAACGGAUCCCAUUUAUGACUUCAUGCAUUGGCCAAACUGACGAAAUAUUGGUCCAAGACACGAUUUAACAGUAGUACUACAAGCGCGUGCUAUAUUGGACACAACAAAGAUGGAUGGAACACGAAACGAAAAUAUCGUUUCCCUCUUAUAUAUAGUGAUAUGAGGCAGUGGCUGUGACGAUGUGUCAUGUUCAUGCAAAGCUGGGGGUACAUAUGCAUAAUCGUACUAUCUUCGCCCCUAUAGUGAUUUACCUAAGAGGUUGAAUGACAGCUAUUUUUGAACAUGCGCC